AUGGAUCCACACAAUGCAACAGGGGCUGUGGUAUUCAUCUUGUUGGGAUUCUCAGAUGAUCUACAAGUUCAGCCUCUUCUCUUCGGCCUCUUCCUAUCCAUGUACCUGGUCAGCAUCACAGGGAAUCUGCUCAUCAUCUUGGCUGUUGUCUCUGAUCCCCACCUACACACCCCCAUGUACUUCUUCCUCUCCAUCCUGUCCACUACUGACAUUGCCUUUAUCUCCACCAUUGUCCCAAUGGUGAUCUGGAACAUUCACACUCAGAAUAAAAGCAUCUCUUAUGUAGGAUGCCUGGUACAGUUGUCUUUGUUUUAUGCUUUCUGCUGUAUGGACAAUGUACUUCUAGCUAUAAUGGCAUAUGAUCGCUUUGUGGCCAUCUGUCACCCCCUGCAAUACACAGUAAUCAUGAACCCCCAGCUCUGUAGCCUGUUACUUCUGCUGUCUGUUGGUGUCAGCCUGAUGGAGUCCCAGCUGCAUUUCUUGAUGAUAUCCCUGCUUACCUUCUGCACCCAUGUGGAAAUUCCUAAUUUUUUCUGUGACCCCCCUCAACUCAUCAGACAUGCCUGUGAGGACAGCACCACUAAUAAAAUACUCUUAUAUUUUUUUGCUGCCAUCUUUGGUGGUGUGCCAGUCUCUGGGAUCCUGUAUUCUUAUUCCAGAAUCAUGUCCUCUGUUUUAAGAAUUUCAUCCACAGGUGGGAGGUACAAAGCCUUCUCCACCUGUGGCUCUCAUUUGUCUGUUGUUUGCUUAUUUUAUGGAACAGGUAUUGGGGUAUACCUCACCUCAGUUGUAUCUAAUUCACAGAGGAAUGGGGCAGUGUUUUCUGUGGGAUAUACAACUAUUGUUCCUAUGCUGAACCCUUUCAUCUACAGUGUGAGAAACAAAGAUAUCAAGAUUGCUUUCCAAAAGCUUCUCAGUAGAAGACGCUAA